ACAGGUUACACAGGGGCAUCGCGAUACUCUGAGACAACGUGUUGCUUGUCUUAGUUAAGUUAGGCUAGCUGACUCUGGAUUGUUAGAUUGUUGUCUUCGCUUAAUUCUUUUCUUUUUCAUCUGUAAAGGGUUUAUAAUCAUUUACAAUGAGUACUGUUUUGGCCAAAAUUGCUGAGAUCGAGGCCGAGAUGGCCAGAACUCAGAAGAAUAAAGCCACAGCUCACCACUUGGGUCUGUUGAAGGCUCGGGUAGCAAAGCUUCGCCGAGAACUUAUCACACCAAAGGGAGGCACUGGUGGUGGCACAGGAGAAGGUUUCGAUGUUGCAAAGACUGGUGAUGCUCGAAUUGGGUUUGUGGGGUUCCCUUCUGUGGGGAAAUCGACAUUGCUGAGUAAUCUUGCUGGAGUGUACUCAGAAGUAGCAGCAUAUGAAUUCACAACCUUGACUACUGUUCCUGGUGUCAUCAGAUACAAGGGAGCCAAAAUCCAGCUGCUUGAUCUUCCAGGAAUCAUUGAGGGUGCCAAAGAUGGUAAAGGCAGAGGUCGGCAAGUCAUUGCUGUUGCUCGAACAUGUAACCUUAUCCUCAUUGUACUAGACGUGUUGAAACCUUUGGGUCACAAGAAGAUAAUCGAGAAUGAACUUGAAGGAUUUGGCCUCCGUUUGAACAAGCAACCUCCUAAUAUUGGCUUUAAAAAGAAAGAUAAAGGUGGCAUCAACCUCACCUCUACUGUACCCCAGAGCGAACUAGACGUUGAUACAGUGAAGAGUAUCCUGGCUGAAUAUAAAAUUCACAAUGCUGACAUUACUCUGCGCAGCGAUGCCACUGCUGAUGACCUCAUUGAUGUGGUUGAAGGAAACAGCUACACAAAGCCCAAAGGGCAACUUCCUGACUACACUUCUCCUGUUGUACUGCCAGUUGAGAAGACAACUGUGGAAGAUUUCUGUUUAAAAAUUCAUAAAAACCUCAUCAAGGAUUUCAAAUAUGCUUUGGUGUGGGGAUCGUCUGUGAAGCAUAAUCCACAGAAGGUGGGAAAAGAGCAUCAAAUGGAAGAUGAAGAUGUUAUCCAGAUUGUCAAAAAGUGAGGGGAGGUUGCCUCAGCUCCUCUUACACCUUUUCCUGCAUAUUUAACUAGACAGUAUAAAGACUUUGUUUAUUGCCCAGUAGCUGGGUACGAAUUGUCCAAACUUAAUGUACCUGUUCACAAACUCUCUUAAUUGAGCAUAUCAACUUGUCUUAAUAUUUAAAUCCAUCAACUUCUCUAACAGGGAUGAAAACCAUGGAUUUUCAGUAUUAGUAAAACUUUAUCCACAA